GCGGAGCCGGGCCGCCGCCGCCUCCCAACAAUAGCGCGGCCGGGCCGGGCCGCGAUGGAGCGGGGGUCGCCGCCGGCACCGGCACCGGGGCCGCCGCGCUGAGCGGGGCCGGACGCCGCCGCCGCCGCCGGGAGGCCCGGCCCGUGACGACGCAGCGGGACGGGGACGUCGGCCCCGUCCUGGCAGAGCCCCCGAGCGAGGCAGCGAUGUCGGAGAGCGCGGCCGAGGCGCCGGCAGCCGGGACCCCCGUGGAAGGCGGCGAGACGGGCACCAGCCAUGAGCUCCUGCAGCGGCUCCGCGAGCUGGAGGCGGAGAACUCGGCCCUGGCCCAGGCCAACGAGAACCAGCGGGAGACGUACGAGCGCUGCCUGGACGAGGUCGCCAACCACGUGGUGCAGGCGCUGCUCAACCAGAAGGACCUGCGCGAGGAGUGCAUCAAGCUGAAGAAGAGGGUCUUCGACCUGGAGCGCCAGAACCAGACGCUGAGCGACCUCUUCCAGCAGAAGCUGCAGCUCUCGGCCGGCUCCCUGCCCCAGCUGCCCUCGCACCCGCCGUCGGCGCCCGCUGAUGCCCCCAGCAGCCCCCAGCCGGGCUCCACCGAGCAGCCGCCCGCCCCGCUGCCCCCGGCGUGCUGUGCCCCCCCGAGAGAGGCGACGGCGGAGGGGCCGGCGGGCAGCCCCGGGCUCGGCCCCGGCUCGCCCUCGCUGGCCGCCCUCUCGCCCUUCCUCAAGAAGAAAGCGCAGAUCCUGGAGGUGCUGCGCAGGCUGGAGGAGACCGACCCGCUGCUGGGCGCCCCCGGCCCCCCCGAGCCCCGCGCCGCCGCCCCGCCGCCGCCGCCGCCCCCCCCCUCCAACGCGCUCAAGCCGCCGGGGGGGCCGCCGCGCCUCAGCCCCCAGCUCGCCCGCGCCUCCAAGAUACCCUGCCGCGGCGGCGGCCCCCUCCCCGAGGCCUCGCCGGUGCCCAGCCGCCGCGGCUCCCCCGAGGCGCCGCCGGCCGCCGAGCCCCCCGGCACCGAGCGUCCCGCCGCCGCCGCCGCCUCCCCCCCCGGGGCCCGGCGCAGCGCGGGGGGCUCGUCGGCCCGCCGCCCCGGCAAGAAGCCGCCGGAGCCGGGCUACCUGCCCUUCAAGGAGCGCCUGGCCGCCCUGGGCAAGCUGCGGGGCGCCGAGGGCCGCGAGCCCCCCGGGCGGCCCGGCGCGGCGGGGGGGGGCAGCCUGAAGCCCCCCGAGGCGGUGCCCGCCGGCGAGGCCCUGGCGCGCUGCUACUCCUCCGGCUCCGUGGGCGGCAAGGGCCGGGCCGGGGGCGGCCGGCCCCCCGCGCCCCCCGCCAAGGCGGCCCGCAGCCCCCACGGCAGCCCCACCAAGGCGCCCGCCAAGCCGCCCGCCGGCAAAGCCGCGGCGCCGCGGGGCGACGAGCCCAAGGCCCCCAAAGCGCCCGCGGCCGCCCGCAAGGCGCCGGCCGGCCCCGAGCCCCCCCCUGCCGCCGCCGCCGGGGCCGCCGUCGCCGGGGCCGCCGGGGCCGCCGGGCACUCGGCCAUCGAGGAGAAGGUGAUGAAGGGCAUCGAGGAGAACGUGCUGCGGCUGCAGGGGCAGGAGAAGGCGCCGGCGGGCGAGGUGAAGCCCAAGGCGGCCGGCGGCCUGGCCAGCUGGUUCGGGCUGCGCAAGAGCAAGCUGCCGGCGCUGAGCCGCCGCGCCGAGGCCGCCAAGGGCCGGGACUGGGCCGGGGCGCCGGCACCGCUGCGCCGCGAGGUCAAGCUGGCCGCCCGCAAGCUGGAGGCCGAGAGCCUCAACAUCUCGAGGCUGAUGGAGAAGGCGGAGGACCUGCGCAAGGCGCUGCAGGAGGAGCAGGCCUUCCUGCACGGGCUGGCGCUGGAGAAGGGGCGGCCGCGGGCGCGUGGCGGCGGCGGCCCCCCCGAGCGCGAGCGCGGCCCCAGCCAGCUCCAGGUCAUGUACCAGGAGGUGGCCGCCGAGACCUUCAUGCAGCAGCUGCUCAACAGGGUGGACGGGAAGGACGUGUCCUACGAGAGCCGCCUGGAGCACAAGCGGGACCUGUGCGACUUCCAGCGGGUCUCCCCCGACGCCAAAGACCCCCGGCUCCUCCGCCCGCCCCGCAACGGCAUCGUGGGCCACCUGCGGGGCUGCCAGGAGCCCCCCGACAAGGGGCCCGACCUGGCGCUGCGGGACGAGCUGCCGUCGGACGAGAGCUUGUCCGAGUCCGGGACGUCGCAGCACUUCCCAGCCUGCGGAUCCCUGACGCGGACGCUGGACAGCGGGAUCGGGACCUUCCCGCCGCCGGACUACUGUGGCGGGGCGCCGGCCAAGAGCGCGCCGAAGCCGCGCGGGCGCCCCGAGGCGAUGGCGGGUGCCGGGCCGGCGCGGCCGGCCGCCCUCACCAAAGUGCCGCGCAAGGCCCGGACGCUGGAGCGCGAGGUGCCCAGCGUGGAGGAGCUGCUGGUGCCCGGCAAGCACCAGAGCAUGCCGGCGUUUCACGGCGUGCUGGCGUGCGCCGAGGCCCCCGCCGGGCUGCCCGGCCGCCGCGGCUGUCCCCAAGACGCCGACGCCAGCAAGCCGCGGCGCGUCCAGCAGAGCAAGAACUGGACCUUCCCCAACGCCAAAGCGUGCGGCACCGCCGACCCCUUCCUCUGUGCUGCCGGGGCGCCGGAGGGGCUCUACCGCCCCGCGCUGGCGCCCGCACACGGCCCGGGGGGGCGGCGGGGGGCGUCCCCGGAGGCGCCGCCGCCGCUGCCCCCCGCCCUGAGCGCCAGCAGCAGCCGGACGCCCAGCGCCUCGGACGUGGGCGACGAGGGCAGCCCGGAGGCCCGGUCGCGGGACGCGGGGCAGGGCCCCCCCGGGCUGGAGCACUCCGAGUCGCUCAGCGACUCCCUCUACGACAGCCUCUCCUCCUGCGGCAGCCAGGGCUGAGGCGGCCCCGGCCCCCCCCCGGCCCCCCCCCGGCCCCUCGGGGCUGCACUCGCACGUCUUCCACCCCGCUCCCCCCCCCCCGCCCCCGCCCCCGCCCUGGGGCCACCCGCUCCCGCUGCCUCCCCGGCCCCGGGGUGCUGCCGGCGGGGGGGGGGGGACGUGGGGCUGCCCCCCGCGGGGGAAUCCGCCCGGCCCGGCCCCCCCCCCCGCCGUCGCGCGCCCGGGUCCCGCGCGCCCCUGCCCGGCUCUCUCUGAUGGUGCUACGCAGUGUACAGCCCCCCCGGCCGCCGGGGCUGGGGCGCGGGGUUUUUAACUCAAUAAAGCCGCCCUCCCCGGUUUAUUUAUAUAA